UUUUUUUUAUUUAUAUCAGGGUACUUUCUGAUGAUGAACAUAUAUGACUGUGCUUCGGUCUGUAGAAGUUGACUGUCAAGCGCUAGGUGAAUAAGCAUGAGCGGAAUACUACGAGGAAAAAGGACUUCUUGGAUAACCGACAGACCCUGGGCCUUCCGACCAUUCCUUAAUCGAAUGAAUUGACUGGACAUGUGUCUAAAUUAAAUCGCAGCCAAUUCGCCGUUGGUCUGAGAAAGGUCCUUGUUAUCUAUAAAUUGAUUACUUCCUGAUCUAGGCGUGAACAGGCAAUAUCCGCCGCCGAACUGUAAUCGAUACGCGGGCCGAGGGAGACGAAAAAGUCGAUGACGGAACCAACCAUCCGUCACUCUACCAAGCUAUACGAACGCAACCCAGGGAGGAGUAACAAAAGGUUCAUGAACGGGCAGGAUGGCUUGUCGUCAUCCUUUGUGGAGAGCGUAGCGGGGUUCACGGCUGGAAUUGUUUCUACUUUGUGUCUCCAUCCCUUGGAUUUGAUCAAAACUCGACUGCAAGUUGACCGAUCCUCAUCCUCUCGAGUGGGCGGUUCGCUUCGCGUCGUCCGCGGUAUAUACCAGAAUGAAGGCGGCAUCAGAGCGUUCUACCGGGGACUGACGCCCAAUAUCAUCGGCAACUCGACCAGCUGGGCCCUUUAUUUCUUGUGCUAUGGCAAUAUCAAGACUGCAAUGCGUACUUGGCGCAGCUCUCGGGAGGAAGAGCUUACAUCCUCCGAUUAUUUUCUUGCCUCGGGGGCCGCUGGCAUGCUGACAUCUAUCUUGACAAAUCCUAUCUGGGUCAUUAAGACUCGUAUGUUAUCGACUAGUUCUAGGACGCCCGGAGCGUAUGCAUCUUUCACCACUGGUGCCUCACAGAUAUAUAAUCAAGAGGGUAUUCCAGGCUUCUAUCGUGGUCUUCUUCCAGCUCUUUUUGGAGUAAGCCAUGGCGCGCUCCAGUUCAUGGCUUAUGAAAAGUUGAAACUGCACCGGAUCAAGACAUCAUCUGCGACGAUGUCUAGCGAUGGCUAUGCGGGAUCAACACAAGUGCGGUGGCGAGGACUCGGUAACCUAGAUCUCUUCAUCAUCUCUAGUCUCUCGAAAAUAUUCGCCGGGGUUGUCACAUAUCCAUACCAAGUGUUGCGGUCCCGGUUGCAAACUUAUGAUGCUCAUCUUAUGUACCGGGGGGUUCGAGAUGCGGCUUUGCAGAUCUGGGCCAGAGAGGGAGUGGCCGGUUUCUACAAGGGUCUGGGGCCAAAUAUAUUGCGGGUGCUGCCAAGUACAUGGGUCACAUUUUUGGUGUAUGAGAACACCCGAGCAUAUUUACCCGAACUGAUAUCACGCGCAUAGUGCGCUUCCAUCUUUUUUUUU